UGAAAAGUGGCUUGCUCAAUAUUCUUAUCAGAUUUUAAAUUCUCCUUAUAACCAAAGUCUUACACAACUACCACAGAUAAAUAAUAUAUUAAAUAAUGAUUUUAUUCAAACUUAUAAUUCAA